GUGUCAGUUGCGAACUUGAUAUUGUGUAAUUAUCGCACUAUCUAAUUGGUUUAAGCUGCUAGACUGAGACUAAGGUAACUAAUGUAAUACCCUUUUCUCUCAACUACUUUGGUACCUUAACCUGUUCGGGCUAGGAAAGAGGUUCUAGCUUCUUAAAGCUUGAAUGGUCUGAUAUGUAUCAAUCAUCGAUUAGCAGCGUCAUAUCAGAUUCGAAUGUGCCCACUGCCAGGGUUCGAAGCUCAUUGAUCAGCGCAGGGGUCCGUUCUCCGCGAAUUUCGCAUCACUAUUCCGACUCAACUUGUCCCCCCCAAUUUGCCCAAUUUACCUAAUUGUGCCCUUGACAUACUUGAUUCAACUUGAGAAUUACCAGACAAAACCAGAGUAAUACUAUCGCGUCGACUUGAAGCCUAUAAUAGCACCGCUACUCCUGUCACGAAGGAAUAGCCGACAACCUUCGAAUAGGUAUUCGAUCCAAUCCAGCCCGACACACCGCAACAUAACGCAGUAUUAUACCAAGCCAGCGAAACGUCGAAAUCUAGUACAUAUAUAAUAUUAAAAGUUUCUACAUAAUGAGCGGCGACAGUCAUGCGCUUCCUAUGAGGCAGGCCACUACUCUCAGCGAAGAAGCCGUAUCGGGGAUCGACCCUACUACGACGGCCGGCCUACUCGCUGAAAGACUUCAGGCUUGGAAACAUGCCGUAGGAUAUUUAGAAGAAUAUGUUGGAGCUGUCGAGAAAGUCCACAAAGCACACGCCAAGGAGUAUGAGAAGGUUCUUAAGACGAUUUCUCACCCGUUAAGAGAGGGGGCGCACUUCGACCAGGGUCUUGGCGGUGUGGCGGGGUUCUUCGAAAACAUGCGAGUUAAUACUCAGGCUAUGAUCAAUUCGAACGCGGAGACUGAGAAGACCAUCAAGGGGUCUGUCCUACCAAUUCUCGAGCGACUACAUAAAGAGAUUAAGGCAAAGCAUAAGGAGGUAUCUCAUGGGGUUGAGAAGGCCGCAAAGGAGAUCGAGAAGGCUAGGAAUACCACCCAGAAGCAUAUCGAGCUUCUUGGUCAGCAUGCCGCAGCUUUCGAGUCGGCAGGCGGUAAAAUGACACCCACCGACGACCCUUACGUUAUCCGGCGCGGCGUCGUUCACAGACUAAACAAGCAGGUUAUCGAAGAAAAUAACCACAGAAACGAUCUCAUCAGCAUACAAGAUGGUUUCAAGGCAUUUGAGGCCCACGUGAUACAAGUAGUCCAGCAAGCAAUGGAUGCUCUGAAUCAAGUUGCCGGCGGGCAAGCUGAAAAGACCAGGGCGCUUUACGUUGACAUGCUGGGCGCGGCGCAACAAAUUCCACCCGACUUUGAGUGGAACGGUUUCAACGCUCGUGAGGGUCACCGACUGGUCGAUCCAAACGACCCGCCUCGGAGCGUAGAUGCGAUUGUUUUCCCCAAUCAGGAUCACAACUCAACUAAGCCACUCAUCGAGGGUAGCUUAGAGCGAAAGUCGCGGAACAAGUUGUCGUGGGGUACGCAAUCGGCUUAUUAUGUCGUAACCCCUUCUAAGUACUUGCACGAGUUUAAAGACGAUGAUAACUUACGGCAUGACCCGAAGCCCGAAGUCUCCAUCUUCCUCCCAGACGCUGUAAUUAGUGCUCCUACAGGUGAAAAAUUCCUUAUCAAAGGAAAGGAUAAAGGUGGGAGCUUUAGCAGCAAACUCGCCGGCACAUCUGAAUUUCAUUUCAUAGCCCACUCGGCUGCCGAGGCUCAGAAAUGGUUUGAUGCAAUCCGUACUGCGGCCGGCGCAGCAGGCGUAGCUUAUGAAAGCCAAACACCAUCACCGAGCGCUAGCAUUCCGGGUUCUGUUAGCGAGAAAUCAAAGCUCGAGAAGAUUGAUCCGAAUGCGCAUAAAGAACAGGACGCAGGUAUUACAGGUGGCGAGACCGUCAGUAGCCCUACAACCAUAUCGCCUGCCGUCACUCGACAAAACACCAUCAAGAGCGAUACGGAUAAGAAGGCAUCUGCCUAGUGACACAGAUGGCCUGUCUGUCCUUCGUGGUUGAGAUGAGGGAAUUAUGAGCUGUAUGCCAAGGGCCAAGGGAGCCUCGGCUUCGUGAAGCCUUGCUGGGGGCAACUGUGGAAGGACAUUGCCCUAGGUUUUUACAGCUUUAACGGAAAUUCUGAAUAGCACAUAGGAAAGGUCAUCGUGGGGCGCGGCGAUGCGGCUUAAAGUGCUAACUCGAUGUAAUGAAGAGCAAGGACAAAUCAAGAGAUACUUGGGAGACGGGGUGCCUGAAAAUGUGACCGAAGCAAGUAUGCGUCAGCAAUCGAGACCGAAGUGGUAUCGCUUGCAGGUAGAAGGAUGAGGUGGUAUUAUAUCUUCUUAACGAGGCUUUUCGAUAUAUUACUUAUGACUAUCAAUAUUAAUGAAUUCGUCUUAAAUCGUCUAUUUUAUAUAUGCUUAAAGCAAAGA